AUUCCGCGUUUCGAUUUGAGGAACCAUUGAAAUGAAUUGCUUUGCUUUGCUUAGCUUAGCUUAGCUCUGCUACUUAUACAAAAGUAACAAAACGCAGUGUCGUUGUUGACAAGGAUUCAAUGGGUUGUGUGACUUCGAAGGAUGCGGUGUUGGUGACGCCAACAAUUGACCUCUCGGGCGUGUUUCGGAGCAAUGCGGUGGUGAACGAGUCGGAGAAAAAGAAGAAGAAGAAGAAGAAGACUGAGUCAUGUAGAGCGAGUCAGAGCGAAAUCGGUGAGUCUGGUAGAGCGAGUUCCAAUGCCGUUGUUGCCUGCGAGACCUUGAGCUUCAGGUUAGGGGACCUGAACAAGUACGUGCAAGGCGAACACGUGGCAGCUGGCUGGCCGGCUUGGCUCAGCGCCGUCGCCUGCGAAGCCAUUCACGGCUGGGUUCCGCUACGCUCCGAUGCCUUUGAGAAACUCGAGAAGAUAGGGCAGGGUACGUAUAGCAAUGUUUUUCGAGCGAGGGAGAUUGAGACGGGGAAGAUAGUGGCAUUGAAGAAGGUGCGUUUUGAUAAUUUUGAGCCAGAGAGUGUGAGGUUCAUGGCACGGGAAAUAAUGAUUCUGAGGAGGCUUGAUCAUCCAAAUAUCAUAAAGUUAGAGGGUUUGAUUACUUCGAAAUUGUCAUGUAGCAUAUACCUUGUGUUUGAGUACAUGGAGCAUGACAUUACAGGGCUCUUAUAUACUCCUGAUAUCAAGUUUACUGAACCACAGAUUAAGUGCUAUAUGAAGCAGUUGUUAUCUGGUAUUGAGCAUUGUCAUUCGAAGGGUGUGAUGCACCGUGAUAUCAAGGGAUCAAAUCUUCUGGUGAAUAAUAAAGGGGUUUUGAAGGUGGGGGAUUUUGGAUUGGCCAAUUUCUCUAAUUCUGGGCUGAGGCAUCCCCUCACUAGUCGUGUUGUUACUUUGUGGUACCGUCCUCCGGAGCUUUUGAUGGGUUCUACUGAUUAUGGUCCAGCUGUGGAUAUCUGGAGUGUUGGCUGCGUCUUCGCGGAGCUACUUGUUGGGAAGCCUAUACUUCAGGGGAGAACUGAGGUUGAACAAUUGCACAAAAUUUUCAAGCUUUGUGGCUCCCCACCUGAUGAAUUCUGGAAAAAGACUAAACUUCCUCAUCCAACUUUGUUUAAACCACAGCAACCAUAUGAUAGUUGCCUCCGAGAUUCCUUUAAAUAUUUGCCUGCCGCUAGUGUAAAUCUGCUACAAACUCUUCUUUCUGUCGAACCAUACAAACGUGGGACUGCUACAUCUGCUCUCUCAUCAGAGUAUUUCAAAACAAAACCUUAUGCAUGUGACCCAUCAAGCUUGCCGAUAUACCCACCCAGCAAGGAAAUUGAUGCAAAACACAGGGAGGAGUCAAGGAAAAAGAUUGGUGGACGAGUUCGUGGAACUGAAACAAGGAAAUCAUCAAGAAAGUCAGUCCAAGCAGAGGAUUUGGCAAGUCAAACUCAGACUUCCCAGAAGGUCAGUGAUAGACCUGCCCGCAUCCUUAAAGAAGGGAAGACUAACAUCGGAGAGGAGGCACCAAAGCCAUCCGUUGAUAAACCUGAAGAUGCUUCCCAUAUGAAGAAUGCAUCUCAAGGAGAUAUUCCCUUCUCUGGACCAUUACAGGUUUCAACCUCAAGUGGCUUUGCAUGGGCAAAAAGCCGGAAAGAUGACACUUCAAUUCGAUCCCAUUGUCGAACUAUGUCAAGAGGACAUAUUUUCAAUCCAUCAGAAGCUUCCACACUGAAUUCAAGGAACAAUUUGGAUACCAUAAACCAGGAAAAUAAGGAGUUUUGUGGGGGACGCACCAACUCUAGGGACCAUGACCUAUUUGAAAUUUCUAAGCUUCCAAUGCAGAAUCAAUGGAUUAAGUUUGAGCGUCCAGAUUCAUUUGAUGCUUCUGAUGAGUACCACUCGCAAGAACUGUCUAUGGCGCUUUAUCAUAGAGAAGAUUCAGUAUCCAAGAGAAGUAAUCCGUUUUACCAGGAUCAAGGAGAAAAAGUUGAUUUUUCGGGACCCCUACUAUCUCAAAUGCACACAGUUGACGAGCUAUUAGAAAAGCAUGAGCGUCACAUCCGGCAAACUGUCCGUAGAUCAUGGUUUCAAAGAGCUAAGAAGCUUGGGAAGUAAAUCGAGUAAUUGCAAGGGUGUUUUCUCUGGAACGGCGUAGACCUUGAACAUCAUAUCAAAAUUAUACAAAUACUUCUGAGAAGUCCAUCUCCAUUUCAACUUUCAAUUUAUAGAAAUCUGAGGGCUGCUGCAAAGAAAAGAAUAUAGGUUGGAGUUCACUGUUUUGGUCAAUUAUAGAUAAUUUUUUCUGAUGAUCUAGACUCAUCCCCUCUUCUUGCCUUUGCUAAUUGUUAUUAUCUACUUGCAAGUCUCAUCUGGAAAUUGUAUAUAUUGCAUCUGGCUUGAGGGUAUAGUCUAGUCACCGUCAUUAUUCGAUUUUUUUUAGGCUUCAAAGG